AUGGGAGUUGAGAGGGAAGUGGAGGAGACUGGACAGGUCAGCGACCUUCAAGACGGCAUGCAGAUGGUAUGCGAAAUGUCCGAGACCAAGGAUCCCCUGCUGCAUACCUCCACGGCAUGCACGGAUGCUUGCGGAUCCGAGAAAGUCGUAGGGAUCCUAAGUGAAGGUUCGUGCCAGGAGGAGGAGCUCGAGAGGGACGAGGCGAAGAGCGAAGAAUCUACGAGUGAGGAGACAAGAAGUGAGGAGACUAAGAGCGAUGAAGAAGCUGCUCCCGCUGAUCAAGACGAUUCCGUAAGCGGGGAAUCAGCCUCCGAGGACAAAGACAUGCCCGUCGACGACAUGCGCGACGAUGCUAUGAUCGAGAACGUCCAGAAAGCCCAGCAGGAGCAAGACGCUGAUGAGAUCGAGCUGGACGGAGGCUCAAGUCACGAGUUCUUCAGCAGGAAAGGAGCAGAGCCCUUCCUGUACAAGAGGCAGGUCAGCGAGAACUAUGCCACCUGCUGUACGUCGACGAAGCUGGAGCCCGGAACACUGAUCGGGACCUUCUUCGGGAAGCUGCAGAGGAGGCCUGACUGCAUGGCGCUCACCGUUGGGAUCGGAGCAGCCGUCAAGAACGGCGGAGUGCUAGAAAAGAUGAACCACUCGUGCAACCCCAACGUUGAGAUCAGGUUCCCUGGGGAGGUGUUCAAGCCAUCCCUGGAGCAGCUGGAAGAGAUCAACGCGCUGGUGUCUGCUUCCAUGCUGAAGGAGGAUGGCGUCGAGACUGUCAAGGCCCUCAAGAUCUUCCCGGAGAUCUACACGGUCCGCACUAUUGAGAGGGACGAGGAGAUCUGCUUUGACUACGCGACGACGGAGUGGGAGAUGCUGGCUCCGCACGACGCUCCCUUCUUCUGCCUGUGCAACAGCAAGAACUGCCGCAAGAACUGCAUCGACGGGUUCCGCAACCUCUCACAGGAGGGCAAGGCAGAGCUGCUGUCUCGUGGGCUUGUCAGCCAGCACAUCAAGGAGCUCAACCUCACCAACCCGGACAUGUGGUGA